AUGAACGGUCCACUCUCCUCGCGCGCCUCAUCCCAUCUCAUGCAUGGCUGCCAGUGAUGGUCUACUGGGUGUCAGCUUUUUAUUGGCACGGCACAAAGCGGGGUGCCAGGGGCUCUGCGCGGAGUCUGCAGACUCGGCCCUGUGGAUAAAAGCGAGCAAAAUGCCUCAGCAGAGCUCAGAGGCGUGAAGUCAUGUUGGGCUGGAACGAGGAAGUGCAGUGGAGAGGAGGGGAGGGACUCCGGGCGCAGCUCCAUGGGGCCGCGGCGGCGCUGCGACCUUCUGCACAUGGAGCCGGGGAGAGUUGGAAGAACUUCAUACUGCAAACUCAAGGAAUAGCAGAGUACCUGCACCGCAUGGAGACAGAGGAGGCCCAGGAAUUGGCCCAGAUGCCAGGCAGGGACAGCCCCCCUCCCACCGAAGCGUCCGAGGAGGCAGAGGAGCCGAUGGCCGUCCCAGAGGACCUGUCAGCCGGCUCCGCCCACCAGCAGAACAACAGAGGGGACAAAGUCUGUAACAUUAAAGUUGAGGCUCGCAGUGAUGAGGAGAAUGGGCUGGCCUGUGACAUGAAUGGCCUGGAGGAGGAGGAGUGUGCGGAAGACUUGCGCGUGAUCGAUGCCUCCGGGGCGAAGUUGAACGGCUCACAGCCGCGCCCCGAAGCCAAGGCCUUCUCCUCGGCCGGCGGUAUCCGGCUGCCCAACGGGAAGCUCAAGUGCGAUAUCUGCGGGAUAGUUUGCAUUGGCCCCAAUGUGUUGAUGGUGCACAAGCGAAGCCACACUGGAGAACGCCCUUUCCAGUGCAGCCAGUGCGGUGCCUCAUUCACCCAGAAGGGUAACCUGCUGCGCCACAUCAAGCUCCAUUCAGGGGAGAAGCCCUUCAAAUGUCACCUGUGCAGCUACGCCUGUCGCAGGAGGGAUGCCCUCACCGGACAUUUACGCACCCACUCGGUUGGAAAACCCCACAAGUGUGCGUACUGUGGGCGGAGCUACAAGCAGCGCAGCUCUUUAGAGGAGCACAAGGAGCGCUGUCACAACUACCUCCAGUGCAUGGGGCUGCAGAACAGCAUCUACACAGUAGUAAAGGAAGAAAGCAACCAGAAUGAGCAGAGGGAAGACUUAAGCCAGAUGGGAUCUGACAGAGCCCUGGUGCUAGACAGACUAGCUAAUAAUGUAGCUAAGCGUAAGAGCACUAUGCCACAGAAGUUUGUGGGUGAUAAACGUCUGUCCGACCUCUCCUACGAUGGAGGAGCAGGCGAGCUCAUUCAGCCCCAUGUCAUCGACCAGGCCAUCAACAGUGCCAUCAGCUACCUGGGAGCCGAGUCGCUGCGGCCUCUGGUCCAGACCUCUCCGGCCUCCUCUUCUGACGUUGGCCUCGGCUCCCUGUACCCCAUUCACAAGCCGUUGGCCGAGUCCCACGUGGGCCACAACCUGUCUGCCAAAGACAGUGCGGCCGAGAACCUGCUGCUGCUCUCCAACUCCAAGUCUGCCUCCAGUGAGAAGGACGGCUCGCCCAGUCACAGCGGCCAGGACUCCACCGACAGCGACAGCAACAACGAGGAUCGUCCAGGCAGGGCGACUUCCGGCCUCAUCUACCUGACCAAUCACAUCACUUCGGGGGUGAGGAAUGGCGUGCUCCCUCUGGUGAAGGAGGAGCAGCAGAGGCAGUACGAGGCCCUCCGCGCCAGCAUGGAGAUGGCCUCCGAGGGCUUCAAGGUGGUUACCUCGGAUGGGGAGCAGGUGAGGGCGUACAGGUGCGAACACUGCCGCGUUCUCUUUCUGGAUCAUGUCAUGUACACCAUUCACAUGGGCUGCCACGGCUUCAGAGACCCCUUCGAGUGCAACCUCUGCGGUCACCGGAGCGAAGACCGGUACGAGUUCUCCUCUCACAUAACGCGAGGGGAGCAUCGCUACUGAGCCCUGAUACACACACACACACACACACACACACACACACACACACACACACACACACACACACACACACACACACACACACACACACACACACACACAAACAUAGUACAAGUGUACAUAGUGAAAAAUGCCACACAUACUCUUAGACAUGCAUCUGAAACAAAUGCAUAGAAAAACUAAAUGUAAAAUACAAUGCUAUUGUCUGAAAGGUUUUCUUUUUUUUACACGAAGUUUGCAUGUAUGUUAAACACAGAUAAAUGUAUACAAUUAUUAAAGAUAUUGCUUAAUUUUCUUUUCAAAAACCAUGCUCAAAAGAAAGACUUGUUAUUCAUUUGUCUUUUGUAACGACAGAAAAUGAAGACGACACAGCUGAGGUACUGUGCCGCUUCAUACACACAAUUUAAAUCAUUUCUUUACAGUUGUAUAAAAUAUAAAAUGUACAAAUGUGACUUUUCUUUUGGAAAACCAGGCAGCAACUUUUUUUCCUUAAAAUAGUAAAGAACUCCAUCCAUACAUUAACGCACUCAUUUAGUGAUGUGUCUGAAAUGUCAGUAGAAGAUUCUUCAGCUGUUUGCAUUAGAGGAACUUAAACGUCAGAAUUCAAAUCCACUUAAUUAAAAACAUAACAAUCAGUGUGGAUAACUUCACGUUUCCCUCUUAAGUAUCAACCUGUUCUGGUAUUUGUAGCAGCUUACACAUUAUUUAUAUCACAUUUAGACACAUCCUGUCUGUUUUUGUAUUUAUUAUAAUGAUUGUUGUUUGUCUGUAGGGUAGUUUUUUUUUUAAAAGUUGCAUCUUUUUCUGUUCAACUGUACUAAAUGUAUUUGAGGUGAAAACAUGACUGCUGCUGGACGCUCCUCUUGGUUUUAUCAUGAGGAAAUGUUAUCGUGGCCCUUUUUUGUUUUAUACCUGAUAGCUAAGAAUUGUCUCACUCGCAUAAUGAGAGUGAACCAUUUCAAGGGAUCUUUAUGCUUGCAAAAUAUCAAUAAAGGAUAUUUUAUAUAUGCACAA